AUGCAGCCGGCCAAUGCAAACGAUGAAUGGAAACAGUAUGUGGAACUGCAGCGGCUGCUGGAUCGCAUGAUCUUUCACGAAAAGCCGCUGCAACAAGCUGUCUGCCCUGUCGAUGAUGACCAUCAGAGCGAACAGAAACGGCUGGCCAAGGUCGAAGCCUUCAAUGAAUGGGCGCGGGCCGGUGGUGUGCAAAGCGAUUGUGUGGAAAUCACAACGUUUCCUGGCUAUCAGCUAGGUUUGCGUGCCACACGCGACAUCAAGGUGGGCGAACAGGUACUCAGUGUGCCGCGCAAGCUCAUCUUUUCUGAGGAACUGCUGCCCGAAAAGCAACGUCAACUCUUUCGCAAUUUUCCCACCCAUCUUAAUGUCACAUAUACGCUCAUCAUUGAGAAGGUGCGCGGUGCGGACAGCCCGUGGCAGCCCUUCAUCGAUACGCUUCCCACGCGCUACAAUACCGUGCUCUACUUUACAGUGGAGCAAAUGCAACGUUUGCGCGGCACCUCUGCCUGUUCGGCUGCUGUACGGCACUGUCGUGUCAUUGCGCGCCUAUACGCCUCCAUGUACAAGUGCGCCUUCAUGCAGUUCGAUGACAGCGUUAUGGGUGGAAUGGCAAAUCUCUUUACCGAGUACGGCCUCUGCUACGAGCUCUAUCGGUAA